GUUCUUUCUUUUAAUUCACCGGACGCGGUCAGGCUUUGCGCCAUUUCGAUGGCCUUCUACUCUCCGUCCUCAUCUCUGGCAGGAUACAACAAUCAGAAGUCACCCGAAAGAGCUCCUCCAAUUGACCUUACACUUCUCCACAAUGCCAGCACUGUCCUGGAAGAGCAGUUUGCAAAAGACUCACAAGCAAUACCUGAACUUGGAGAAAUUCUACCCAAUGGCCAGGCAUCGUCGUCCUACAGUGUCUUUCCUGACGACAUUCGAGUACCGUUCCAAAAGCGCAAACUGGUUGGGAUUCCGGAAGCUUUAUUUCAAUAUUACAGUAGCACCAGCGUAAACUCGCAUAUGGGACUGAUACCGGAAAUUGAGAGAGUAUGGAUAUCAAUUGACCAUAAAUUGUUUUUAUGGGAUUACAACGACAGCAGUCAAGAGAUCAGCUCCUUUGUUGAUCAGCCCUAUGUCAUAACGCACGUCGGUCUUGUCAAACCCAAGAAAGGACUCUUCAUCGAAGAAAUAUCACAUCUCCUUGUAAUAUGUACACCAGUAUCGGUUCUCCUCAUAGCCCUUUCUUUUUCGACAGUGCCAGGGACAUCCACUCGAUUCCGCAAGGAGGUCAAACUCUACGCUACUGACUUGACGAUUUCAACCGAGGUUGAAAUGACUUCCGUAGCAGGCACUGUAGACGGCCGUAUUUUUAUGUGUGGGUCACAGGACGGGAGCCUAUACGAGUUGCACUAUCAGGAGAACGAAGGCUGGUUUGGCAAACGUAUUCAACUGGUCAACCAUUCUGUGGGCGGAAUGUCAAGUUUACUUCCUCGAUUUACAUCAACCAGCGCAGAAGACCGUAUCGUUUCGGUCAUCGCGGAUUCUGAGCGAGAGUGUUUAUACACCUUAACAGAGAAGAACGUGAUCUCCUUAUUCAAGCCUACUUCGGAGAAGUCUGUGCAGCACAUUCAGACUCUUUCCAAUCUUUACAAGGCUGCUCAGGAUAGAUGUCCAGGGUCUCCGGCCAUCACCCCACAGACAUUCCAGAUCGUCAGCCUGCAUCCUAUCAGCCUUCUUGAAUCAAGGUCCGGUGUUCAGUUGUUAGCUAUCACUACGAACGGAGUACGACUGUACUUUUCUCCUGGACUUAGCUAUGGUGGGUCAAUGCAGACUCUCGGCAUGCGCACUUUGCAACUUUCGCACGUCAGGCUACCACCGUCCAAUCUCAUACAUCCUGACGAGCAGGAAAAUCCUCACCGACCAGCACCUGCGAUUCCCUUUGGUGCAGUGCAAGGUCAGCCCCCUCGACAAUCGCGACCUUACAUUGUCUCGGCGAUAGAUAGCUCCUGUUAUGUUGAUGGUCUUACCGUCGCAGCUCAACCAGGCGAUGUCGACACUGUGGAUUAUCUUCUGUGUUUGUCCCCAGAUCUUACACGUAUAGGAUCAUUGGACCAACUCAACCUACCCCAACCUGCCCCUCAACCUACCUACUCUAUAUACAGCAGUCAGAAUGUCUCCAGUCGUCCUCCUAUGACAGAAUAUGCGACACUGCUCUCGAUACCUGGGAGAACGUGGGCUAUGGCUCCAGUUCCACAAAUGCCUAUAGCUGCAGAUGUGGCAGGCAUCAACGUCCUGAACGAGCUGGGAACCCAAGUUAGCGAGCAUCCACGCCAAUUCAUGAUCUUAACAAAUGUUGGCGUCACGUUCUUGGUGAAACGGCGGUCUCUUGACUAUCUUAAAGCUGUGAUUGAAGAACUUCAAUCAGAAGGAAACGUUCAACCCAUUAUCGAAUUCAGAGACAGUUUUGGACGGAAUCAAACUUGCGCGAUGCUUCUUGCUCUUGCAAGUGGUAACAUUUUUCUAGAUGGGUCAGACCCAGCUUCGAACACGAUCAGUUUGGGUAAUGCUGAUCUCGCGGCUGUGGCCAAGCAGGCAUUCUACGAUUUCGGUGAGAAGCCUAUCUGGUCCGAGCGAACAGUGUACGGAAAAAGCGAACAUCAAGGUACGGCAAUCUUCAGCGGUAGAAGGGAGGGGUUGGCGUUAUACUUUUCGCGGCUGGUAAAGCCAAUCUGGAAAAUUAAAUUGGUCGUUGCGGGUCCUACCAACUUACAACUGGCAGUCCAAGAAGCACGACUGAUUACAAUUCAGAAGAACUUGUAUGCCCUAAAAGAUCUUCUUGACAAAAAUCCGCACUUGUUCCAUUCCUCUCCUGGAGACUCUGCUGCUUCUAGAGCUCCUGCAAUGGAACAAGAAGCUUGGAAGGCAGAACAGGCUUCUAUCGCCCAACUUCUCUCUUUGCUGACCAGAACGAUUGAAGCAUUAUCCUUCGUGCUACUCCUCAAUGACUAUCACUUUGCAGACAUUAUGACAAAAUGUGAUGUCGAAAUCCAAAAAUUGGUUUCCUCAUUAACGUUUGAGGAUCUCAUCACCACUCAAAAUGGCUUGGCCGUAUCUAGAGCCCUUGUCAAUGUUAUCAUUGAUCAACAAAUCGGUCAACAAAUCAGCGUUGAUACGAUUAGCGAAGUUCUACAGAAUCGAUGCGGUUCUUUCUGCAGCACGGACGACGUAAUGUUAUACAAAGCCAAAGAAAAUAUUCGCAAAGCUGUUGAAACGUCAAGUGUGGCUGAAAAACAGAACUGGUUGUCGGAAUCCCUCAGGCUAUACACAAAGGGUGCCCGCAUCCUUGAUUUCGAAAAAUUGAGAGAAAUAUGCGGAGAUUUUCAACUGCUGAAUUACGCCAAAGGUGCAAUUGAUUUGCCUCUCGUCUGUGCACGAGUAUUUGACCCCGACAACAUUGGCAUCGAUUAUUGGAGGUCUGGUGCAAACUCUGAUGGUCGGCCGCGAUCGGCUUUUGAGCGAAGAAUGCAAUGCUACGAGCUCAUCCUAGAUUCUCUAUCAGUCUUUGAACAACAGGGAAAUGAGCCAAGCACUGUUCAAAAUGCACCUUCUGCUGAAGAACAUGAAACAGUCAAGGAUUAUGCGUAUCAACUGUCUUUCUCAAGUGACGACGAAAUGUUUCACUCGACACUUUAUGACUGGCUUAUAAGUAGGCAUCUGGCAGAUGACUUGCUCGAGAUACGGCCUCCUUUCCUGGAGACACAUCUAAAGCGUGAGCCGUUGUCGGCUGAGAAGUACCAGCUUCUUUGGCAAUUCUAUGUUAAGGACGGGCAGCCACUGCGCGCGGCUGAAGUCCUGCUUGCUCUGGCUGAGUCUACUGAGUUCCAGCUCCAGCUUGACAACAGAUUAGAAUACCUCACUCUCGCGGUUGGGAACGCCAAAUCACAUCCCGUGUCCGCUGGAGGCAGACAUGAGACCGCCAUCGCGUUUCUUACUGAUCUGGAAGAGAAAUUGGAAGUUGCCCAAGUUCAAUUAGAGAUGUACUCUACGCUAUUACCCCACGUGAAUGAUGCUUCAGAAGUUGGCGUUAAAAUUAACGCAUUGGCUUCGCGGCUAUAUACAAUGUCAGAGUUGUAUCAGGAUUAUGCCAUCCCUUUCGAUCUUCCAAUAUUGAAGUUAAUUUGUGUGCAUGUCGCUGAACAUCGCGACGAGGUCAUGCUUCGGCAAGUGUGGAAUCAAAUAUUUGAUCAAGUCGUAGAGGAGGAGUCAGAUCCUAUAGCACAAGCAGAUCAGCUUUCAGCGACCUUGGAAAAACUUGGCCGGCGGUUCUAUCCUUCCGUCUUUGCGUUCCCUCUUCAAUUGGUGACUGACCUAUUAAUCCGCUUCUCUUUGGAGAGAAAAGAGGUACUUCAAAGUGGUUGGGCUCCUAGAGUCCUAGCUCGAGCUGGCAUACCUUAUGUCGAGAUUUGGGAUGCUUUACAUGACAUGUAUGAAUCUCAUAUUCCACCUUUCAAUGCUCAAGCCAAUGUACAAGCCAUCUCGUCCGAUAUUGCUACCCUCUUUACUGAUUGGGUUGAGGAGGUCAAAAGACCAACCUCCUCCAUCAGUCGUGGUGAAUUCCCUGUCAGCCGGAUAGAUUUUGCUAUUGAUCAGUACAUGGCUGAGUUACAUGCUGAUCGUAUUGAGACUAAAUCAAAAUACGAAGCUGUCAAACGACAACUUAGACGAGAGUGGUAGAACCUAUAAUGUAUAAUGAGGGAUCGUUGUGUCUGCUGCUGCUUUGUACAUCUGCUUAAAAUUGUUAUACAAUAUAACACAACACCCUGCCAGCCCAAUUUGUUGUCCAAAAUUUAGUUUACCUCCAAGAUUGCAUCUUCUGCUCGAAGAAGAAGUCUCUUGGUAACUGAUUGUGUGAGCUGAUAGACCGCAUACAAUGCU